AUGCUGUUUUUGUCAAGCCUCCGCUGGGAAGCUGUCUCCAGCGCGGCUUUGCUUGCUGACCAACGUGUAAUUAGGUCCGAGUCAAUCCCCGGAGUUAUCCCCGUAGGGGCAAAUUCUCCCCAAAAGUGCCUGUACGGGCUCUACGCGGAGAAGCUCUCGGGAACAGCAUUCACGGCGCCUCGCCGCGACAACCUCCAGACAUGGCUUUAUCGCAUCCUCCCCUCGGCUACCCACGGGAGAUUCACCCCGUACGGGUCCGGGGCGCCCGUUUUGACCGAUGACCCUAAGGAGGAGCAUUCCCGCAGCAACGACGGCUGGCAUUAUCUCCCGGACCAGCUCAGAUGGGACCCCUUUGACUUGACCGAAGAGUUUGACUGGAUCCGAGGCAUGAAGCUCGCUGCCGGCACCGGGGCUCCGGCCAUGAAGUCGGGCAUCGGUAUCGUUAUCUAUUCGGCCAGUAAAGACAUGCCAGACAGGACGGCAUUUUAUUCGGCUGACGGCGACUUACUGAUCGUCCCCCAGCAUGGGAGCCUCGAUAUCCAGACCGAGUUUGGGUACCUGCUCGUCCGGCCCAACGAAGUUGCUGUAUAUCAGGGGCACUCCACAUUGCCGGAGCUAGGCCCGAUCGAGAGCAACGGGCUUGCCAACGAGAGAGACUUCCAGGUCCCCAAGGCGCACUACCAGCAAGACACAGCCAGUGUGUGGCAAAUCGUAAGCAAGUUCAACGGCUCGCUCUUUUCCGCCGAGCAGCGCCACACCCCCUUCGACGUCGUCGCCUGGCACGGGCGCUACUACUGGUACAAGUACGACCUGGGCCGCUUCAACACGAUAGGCAGCAUCAGCUUCAACCAUCCCGACCCCAGCAUCUUCACCGUCCUGACAGCGCCAACUCCCACUCCGGGCACGGCGGUGGCCGACUUCGUCAUCUUCCCGCCGCGCUGGCUCGUGCAGGAGGACACGCUCCGUCCCCCCUGGUACCACCGCAACACCAUGUCCGUGUUCAUGGGUCUCAUCGCCGGCGAAUACGACGCCAAGGAGCCGGGCGCCUUCCGGCCCGGCGGCGCCAGCUUGCACAACACCAUGAGCGGGCAAGGGCCGGACGCGGCGGCGUUUGAGCAGGCGAGUAACUGCGAGAUUGGGCCGGUGAAGGUAGGCGAGGGGAGUAUGGCUUUUAUAUUUGAGAGCUGCUUGAUGAUGGGGGUCACGGAGUGGAGGCUCAAGUCUUGCUGGAAGAUUCAGGAGGACUAUAACGUGCAUAGCUGGGUGCCUUUGCAGGUCCACUUCAGGGAUCCGGGUCUGAAUGCGGCUGGAAAGGAGGACAUCAUUAAUGGCACUUGA